AUAAUACCCGGCUCUGUCAGUUGAUCUGUGGUAAUAAACAUGAAAACAGUGAAAAUGAGUGAUCAUAACGAUUAUUUUACAUAUGCAGAUGAGAGCCAAAAUGAAAGCCAAAUUUUAAUUUCUUCAAAAGAAGACGAGGAUGCUUUAUUGAUAUAUCUGGUUAAAGGUUAUCCACAUCUUUAUAACAAGGAAUCAAGAGAUUUUAAAGAUACACUAAAAAAAAAUAAUUCAUGGGAAGAAAUUGCAAAAAUCCUAGACGCCAAAGUUUCAGAUUGUCAAACGAGAUGGUUAAGGUUGCGCGAGCGCUACUCUCGAGAAAAAAAAUUACGAGAAAUAGAUACGAGAAGUGGAAGUGGAAAUGUAACAAGACAAACAUUUCCUUUAUAUGACCAGAUGAAUUUUUUAUACAAAUUUGUCAAGAGUAGGAAAUCUAUAACCAAUAUAUCACGCUUGGCCAAAGAAUCAUAUCCUAUCAACGUGCCAUCAGAAAAGAUUGGCAAGUUUGUGAACGAUUAA